GCCACGUGGCAGACUUAUCUCCUAUUCAGCUCUCUCUGCGUCCGCAAUAUACUGCCCCGCCGCCCUAGUGAGAGGGCGUGCAAAGUUGGAUCCACAAAGAGAGAAGUGGGAGCCGGAGGGGAGAGAUCAUGCGCAGAGAGAACAGCACUGUUCAUGCUCUGAUGUUGCCAUGGCUUGCUCAUGGUCACAUAUCACCAUUCCUAGAGCUAGGGAAGAGGCUUUCCGAGAGAAACUUCCAUAUUUACUUGUGUUCCACUCCAGUCAACCUUAGUUCCAUCAAGCCCAAGAUCUCUGAGAAGUAUUCAUCCUCCAUUGAGCUUGUUGAGCUUCACCUCCCGUCCUUGCCUGACCUCCCUCCUCACUACCACACAACCAAAGGCUUGCCGCCGCAUCUCAUGAACACCCUCAAAGCAGCCUUCGACAUGGCGAGUCCCGGCUUCUCCAACAUCAUCAAGAAGUUGAACCCAAAUUUGAUAGUCUACGACUUUCUUCAACCGUGGGCUCCGGAAAUCGCGCGAUUGCAUAACGUUCCCGCGGUCAACUUCUGGAGCGUCGGCGCUGGCAUGGUUUCGUUCUUUUUCCACGCGGUCCAAAACGUAGGCGAAGGGUUCCCGUUCGAGGCAGUCCGCCUUCAUGAUUAUGAGCAAUGGAAAUUCGACCGAUUGUUUGAGAACUCGGCAGGUGGCAUCACGGACAAAGAUAGGGCUCUACAAUGUGCCGGAAGAUCUUCAGGAUUCAUCUUGAUGAAGACAUUUAGAGAGCUGGAGGGGAAAUAUUUGGACUACCUCUCCAGUCUGGUGGGUAAAAAGGUCAUCCCCGUUGGUCCACUCGUCCAAGACCCUGGUAUAGAGGAUGGCAACGAUGACAUCAUUAAGUGGCUUGACGAAAAAGAAGAAUGUUCAAGUGUCUUUGUAUCGUGUGGCACAGAAUAUUUUCUCACCGUGAAAGAAAGAGAAGAGAUUGCUUAUGGAUUGGAGCUUAGUAAUGUCAACUUCAUUUGGGUCAUUAGGUUCCCUAUAGGAGAGAGCAUGGAGCUUGAAGAGGCAUUGCCUGCAGGGUUCCUGGAAAGAGUUGGAGAUAGAGGACUGGUGAGAGAAGGAUGGGCGCCGCAAACAAAAAUAUUGGAGCAUCCAAGCAUUGGGGGGUUUGUGAGUCACUGUGGAUGGAGCUCUAUCAUGGAAAGCAUGAAGUCAGGGGUACCGAUCAUAGCGAUGCCCAUGCAACUCGAUCAGCCUUUGAAUGCCCGGAUUGUCGAAGAGGUCGGGGUCGGAUUAGAGGUCAAGAGGAAUAAGAGCGGAGAGCUAGAGAGAGAGGAGAUAGCGAAGGUGAUCAAAGAUGUGGUAGUGGAGAAAGAUGGAGAGAGCGUGAGGAAGAGGGCCAAAGAAAUGAGCGAUAGCAUCGGAAAUGAAGGAGGGAGAGAAUUAGAUGAAGUGGUAAAUGCCUUGGUCGAUGUUUUGCAUGAAGCAUGAAGAAGAAGAAUGAUCUACAAGAGCAGACAUUAUUUUUUCUCCGUGUUUUGGCUUGACAUGUCCAUUGUUUCCUAUGGAACUGUGGAAUCAGAUUGAAGAAAGUAAUAUUCAAGCAUAAAACUAACUAAUGAGACAUUUGUAAUUUUCAUGUUAAAAUAUAGAAAAUAACUUUUAUCGUU